AUGUCGUUGGCGACUCUUUGCAACCACUCGUUAUGCUGGGGAGACCUUUUGCAGAACAAGCAGCAUAUGGAGUUGCGAGAAGAUGGCCUGUGUUUUCAAAAACACCUCGUCCUCUCCCUUUCCCAGGAUCACAACACCCACCAAACGAUCUCACAAGCAUCCUCCUCGUCAUCCACCGCCGUCUUAACCACCAACGGCCGUCCCGUCCCCAUGGGAGACGUCAUCAUCGGCAAAGGCCAAGGCCUCAUCAUCCUUCUCUCGGGCGCUCCGGGAAACGGCAAGACCCUCGCCGCAGAGGCCGUCGCCGAUCGCACCCACCGCCCGCUAUCUACAUGCAGGCCGAAGAUCUCGGCAUCAACGCGGCGCCCCUCGGCGCGAACAUCAAGCGAGUGUUCAAGAUGGCGACGACAUGGAACGUCGUUACCCUGUUGGGCAAAGCUGAGCGUCUUCAGGGUCGCGCGUAAUUCCAAAGACAUCCACCGGAACGAGCCGGUUAGCAUCUUUCUGCGCGAGCUCGAGUACUUCCCUGGCAUCAUCUUUCUCGCAACGCAUCUCUAUCAUAUCAGUGAAGCUGCUUUUCUUAGCAGGGCUAGGGACAUCGUUCGGCGCACGUUCUUGCAGCGACUGCUGGAGCAAGAUGGGCUCGAUGUAUCACCACGAGGACGAGAUACAGAGACGGAUGCAAAGACGUUGGCGCCUCUAGAAGAUGCCGAGAUCGGCCAACUCUCGCUGUAG